GUAAUAUAUUACCAAAAAAUAUUCCUAGGAUAUAUAUGUUUUUAUAGAUAGAUUUUUUCAAAUACGCAUAGCGCGAAAACCCUAGAGAAGGUAUGGUGACUGGUGUUGUUGCUCGUUUUCUAUUCUCCGCCGGAAAGCAGGCCACCAGCACAGCGUCCGCUCGCUCCGUCUCUUCUCUCCCAUCGUGCGGCAACUUCCUCUAUUUAUCCUCCCUCCUCCGCCACCGACCGUUGGCCUCCCGCAUCCGACCCCUUUAUGCGGCGCGGCGAGGGUUCGUGACCAGUCAUAGCGUCAAUUUUGCUCGAUGGACGCGAUUCCGACCCCCCAAGGAUCCCAGCCCUACUAUGUUCUCAGAUCUUCCCUCAAAAGAGUCAAUUUUGCACCCCGGGUGCGAUUUCGAGCACUGGCUUGUUGUUGUGGAAAAGCCAGAGGGCAAUCCAACGAGGGAUGAGAUAAUCGACAGCUACAUCAAACUUCUAGCUCGGGUCGUUGGGAGCGAGGAAGAGGCGAGGAUGAGGAUCUACUCUGUCUCAACAAGAUGCUAUUACACAUUUGGGGCUUUUGUGCCAGAGGAAAUCUCUUACAAACUAAAAGAGUUGGAUGGAGUUCGAUGGGUGCUUCCAGAUGCCUACGCGGAUCCUGAAAAAAAAGAUUAUGGAGGGGAGCCUUUUAUAAAUGGGCAGGCAGUGCCAUAUGAUCCCAAAUAUCACGAGGAGUGGGAAAGGGUCAAUGCACGACAACGCGCCCGUGGAAUUAACUAUGACAGCCCCUUGGUCGGAUUCAAAGCAGCAGCUGGGAAAGAUGAACUCAAAUUAUCUUCAUAUUACGUUCUAAGACGCUGGACUACAAAGGAAAAAGUGUUUGAUGUUCAUGGAAUCUCAUCGAGGGACAAGAAGAUGAAGCUAUUUCACAAAAUUUGAGAGGUUUUUUAAAGUGUAUGCUAGCUGCUGGGAGGGACUCAAACAAGCUCCAUGUUAUUAAUCAAAAAAUUCAAAUUGCUUUGAAAGAAGUGCAAGAGUUGAGUGGUGAUACAACUGAGAGCAAGCUGGAGAAAGCAAUGGAACAACAAGGCAAGAGGCUGAGGCGGUGCAGAGCGUGUGGAGAAAAAGCAAACCAUGAUAGCCGCAAUUGCCCCACCAAACAUUAGUUGUGGUAUAACAAGUGAUUUC